AAGAUUCUGUCAAAACGUUGAUCGUGUCAUGGCAAGGAAUAAGGAAUUUAUUGAUCUUAAAGCUACAUCAAGUAAGAAUUUGCUUAGACAAUUCGAGGCUAAGAGACAAAGGAUUGUAACUGAACGCAAGAAAUAUGAAAUGGAAGCUGCAGCUGCUAAUGACAAGGAGAAAUCAGAGCGAAGGGUGGAUGAACCAGAAAGUCAAUUGGAGAUGCGUGCAACCAAAGGACAGAAGAAAUCCACGUCAAAGAAGCUGGAUUUUAGUCAUCUGCAAAGCACAUUCGACUCUAUUAGCAAAAGAACUAACUCCACGCCUAACACUUUGGAAGUACAGCCAAACAUUCCACCGCAACAGCCAGAAAAUAAAAAGAGAAAGGAGCUUGUGACUAUGCCUACUACUGAAAAAGUCAAGAAUGGAGUGCAGGGUGGAAAAUCAACACAAGGCUUGAAGAAGUCUAAGCCUACAAACAUGGAGGCAGAUGAACUUACAAGGAAGCUCGAAGCAAUUCGUAAAAUGAACAAGGACGUGUCAACAAGUCUAAGCCAAGAGCGGAGUUAUCCAAGUUCUACUCAACUCAGAAUCAACAUAGGGCAGCAGCAGAAUAUUCAACUCACAGAUGAAGAGACUCAAACAGAGUAA